AUCAUAUUGGUAAUAAUAUUAUUAUGUGAGAAGUGAGAUUUUUUAUUAAUAAUGUCAAUGGCGACAAUAGUCAAAUAUGACUAAUCGCCACUCAAACCAACAUAAGAAGAAGAAGAAGAAGUCGGGAAUGCAGCUCGCAGGAAAAGGAUUGAGCUUCCGUAAAACAGGAAAGUCAGCCAUGUUCCAUAAUUGCCAGUAUUGGUCUGGUGUCCUCUCGGCAUCAUUUCAGACCAGGACCUCUCUAGCAGGAUCAGCUUGGAAAGGAAAGACUUCAUGUCUUCUUCAAACAAAACAGAAAGUCGGAGGGAAAAGAAGCUUAUUAGCAUCAGGAUAUCAACACUUUCUAAAAGAAAAGCGUUUAGGCAUCAGGACUUUAGAGAGCCCUGGGACGGACACCAUGUAUAAUCACCAAGGCACCCAUAGACAAAGAACUUCCCUCAGGAGUCUUCUUGCUCCUCCAUCAUUUAGCCAAAAGGUUUCUAGAAUGAUGAGGAUGGUAAAUGAUUACCUUUGCUCUCAUAGAAAAAAGAUCGAUCCAAAACACCUGGCAUCUGAAUGUGGAAUUCGGCAUCUUUCAAGAUAUCAACAAUUGUUUCGAGACCAAAGGAACAUGUUUGUCACAAGAAGAUCAUUGGAGAGAAACCUGUCAACCUCUUCAUAUCUCUGUCAUCCAGCUAGAGGGGAGAGUGUGAUGAAUGUCUUUGAUCGCAAGACUAAGAGGAAACAGAGGGACAGGGCUGCAAUGGCAAAAGAUGUAGAGGUGUAUGACUACAUCAAAGAUGAAAUAGCUUAUCGAAUGGUGGACAGAAUUAGAGAUGUGACAAGAAAGUUUCCAGUAGCUGUAGAUCUUGGCUGUGGGAGAGGUUUAAUGGCUAACUACUUAACUGAGGAUGAAAUUGGCACCUUGUAUCAGUGUGAAAUGUCUGAGAAAAUGCUGAUUUAG